AUGAGGCCCUUGCUGAGCCGAUCGGCUGAUCUUCGUUUCUUUCGCUGGGAGUCGAGCAAGGCUGCUGUUUCUACUAAAGCCUCCUCUCUUCUAUUGGGACAAAUCCAGCUGCUCGCUAGGCAACUGGGUGCGCAAGGUCGCAUUGUUGAUACCAACAGCGCUAGUUCGACCAGCCUAGGUCCUGAUGAAGAAGGACCAAUUUUCACAGUUGACUUUAUAGAGCGAGCCCUCCGUACGCAAUCAGUGCCGAUUUCUUUUCGUCUCGUAGUCAGCGAGGUCGUAGCUGAGGAGCUGUCAAAAGGCCUUUCUUCUACCAGCGGCAAGAUGGCUGUCACUGAUGGAUCAUCCUGUUUACAACCUCCAGUAUCUCUUGUAACUCCGCUUCUUGUGCCGGUUCUUUCAAACGCUCGAGCAUCAAAUCAUAUGUCGACAGCAUGUUCUACCUCUUCUCGUUCCUCUUCCUCCGGCUUCGCUGAUGAGGCUUUAGACGGUAGUAUUGAUUUGUCGAAAUCCUCAUCAUCAUCACCACUUGCCUUUCGAAUCCGCCCCGUCAGUCUUAUACCUCGGACACUUACUGGUUGUCAGUCUAACAGUGUUGCUAAUGAAUCUGGAAGUCGACAAACUUCUGGGGGCUGUCAAUUACAGCAGCUCCGUGCCGGUGAGUUGGUCAAGGAAGUUGAACACUUCCUAGACGUCCCGCCAGCCAGAUUAAUGCCGGUCUUUGGCAAGGAGACUCAAGGCGAACUAUGGCUUGACGAUCCUGGUGAGUGGGUCUCUUCUUUUUUUCAGAUUUAA